AGCGCCGUUUCGUAAAGCACUUACUGAUUUCUAAAUGUCUAAAUCAGAUGUUUAAUAUAGUGUUACACCUACCAAGAAAUCCUAAUUUUUACAGAUUAAAAACUGUGAACAGAGAUGAAAGAGAGAAUACUAAAUUAGAAAUUGGGGAAUUUUGCAGUAACAUAGAAAAUGAAAUUUUAGGUUAUGAUUGGCGUUUAAGGAGGGUAAAGGGAUUAAGUUU